AUGCCUGAAGUCUACGCCGCACCGCCCGACUACGCCUUUCCCCGCGAAUUCAAGGGCUACGGCGAAACGGGGCUCGAGGGCCUGAAGUGGCCCAACAAUGCCAAAAUCGCAGUUUCAUUCGUAAUCAACUAUGAAGAGGGCGGCGAGCGCUCAGUCAUGAAAGGCGAUGGCGUAUCUGAAAUCAGUCUGCGCGAGUACCCAGCGCAGCACCGCAUCAACGAGCGCGACUACAGCGGAGAAUCCGAAUUCGAGUACGGCUCGCGCGCAGGCUGGUGGCGCCUGUUCAAGCUAUUCAACGCAUACAAGAUGAAAUUCACACUGUACGCCGUGGGCUCUGCCGUGGAAGAGCAGCCCGAGGCAGUGCAGCGCUGCGUCGAAGAAGGCCACGACAUCGCGUCGCACGCCUACCGCUGGAUCGACCACGCCAAUCUGUCCGUCGAAGCCGAAAAACAGCAUAUCCGCGACGGCAUUACCGCGCUCAAGAAACUGGCGGGCUACGCGCCAAAGGGCUGGUACUACGGCCGGCCCUCGCCGCAGAGCAGAGCCCUCAUCCCGCUCGUCUACGAGGAAAUGGGUGAAGAGCUCCUCUGGGCCAGCGACACCUACGCCGACGACGUACCGUACUGGACGGACCUGCCACACGAGCGCUCCAGCGCAAACCCCAAAGGCUGCCUGAUGCUGCCGUACAGCUACGACUGCAACGACUUCAAGUUCCACACGCAGGGCACUGGAUUCCGGAGUCCAGGCGCGUUUUACGAACACAUCAAGAACGCCUUCGAUGUCCUGUACGAGGAGGGCGAGGCUGGUGCCCCCAAGAUGAUGACGAUUGGACUGCAUUGCCGCAUCAUUGGGCGCCCUGGUCGCUUCAAGGCGCUGCAGGAUUUCGUCAAGUACAUCUCGGAGAAGGAGGGCGUGUGGGUGGCGACACGGACGCAGAUCGCAGAGGCGUUUCGAGAGCAGUUUCCGUAUAAGAAGGGGCAGCUUGCAUAG